CCCCGGUCUAGCGUCGCGACCAAUCGGGCUAUCGCGCUGCGCCGGUGACGCUACGGAGGGCCGUCCAUCCGCGCGCCUGCAUUCAUAAACGGAUGUGAUAAGUGUUGAAUGUACUGUACAGAGACGAAACUUGGACCAUGGCGGAAGAAGACGACACGAAAAUCCGGAUUUUGCAGAGCCUCCGAGGGAAGAUCUGCGAAGCGAAGAAUCUGGGUCCGAGCUCAGGGCCGAACCGUCUCCGUGACCUCUGCACAUUUUGUACCAUCAGUCUGGAUCAGGAGGAAGUGUACCGCACUAAAGUCUACGAGAAGAGCGUCAGUCCGUUCUUUGGAGAGGACUUCUACUUCGAAAUUCCCCGCCCGUUUCAAUGCCUGUCCUUCUAUGUGUACGCCAAGAGCAUGUUUCAAAGAGAUCUACCUGUAGGAAAAGUAGCCAUCAGGAAGGAAGAUCUAUAUAAGUACAGCGGGAAAGAGAACUGGUUUCAUUUACAGCCCGUGGAUCCACAUUCAGAAGUUCAGGGGAAGGUUCAUUUAGAAAUGAGAUUGAAUGAAUUGAUCACAGAGACGGGAUCUGUUCAGCAGCUUGUGGUUCAGAUAAUUGCAUGUCAAGGUUUGCCAUUAAUAAGCGGGCAGAAUUGUGACCCAUACGCCACAGUAACGCUCGUAGGACCCGCCAGGUCUGAUCAGAAAAAAACUAAAGUAAAGAAGAAAACCAGUGACCCUCAGUUUGAAGAGACCUUUCAUUUUGAAGUCACAAGGUCAAGCAGUUACAAGGGAAGAUCACAUUUUCAAGUGGAAGAGGAAGACAUGGAGAAACUAGAGAUCAAGGUUGAGCUAUGGAAUAAUGGUAACUUGGCACAGGACGUGUUUUUAGGGGAGACACGGGUAUCUGUGAAAAUCCUGAGAAUUGACCAUGUGCACAAAGCCUGGUACUUGCUGCAGCCUAAAGGCAACGGUACGAAAUCUAAGCCGGACGAUCUGGGUUCAUUACGUCUGAAUGUAACGUAUACCGAAGACAAUGUCCUGCCCUCUGAAUGCUACACUUCCCUCCGCAACCUAAUGCUCAAAUCUCCAGAUGUCAAGCCCAUCUCGGCGUCGGCAGCUCAUGUAUUGGGAGAUGUUUGCAGGGACAAUGUGGGGUAUGAAGCCCUGCUUCCUGUGGUCAGACUGCUGCUCCAUCACAACAGACUGCUGCCCUUCCUCACGGCUGUAGCGGGCCUGGAGCUGGAGAAUACACAAGAGGCCAACACCAUAUUCAGAGGAAAUUCUCUGGCCACCCGCUGCAUAGAUGACAUGAUGAAGAUUGUGGGCCGAAGUUACUUGACUGUCACUCUCAAACCUGUUCUCAAUGAGAUCUUUGAAUCCAAUAAAACCUGUGAGAUUGACCCCAUUAGAUUAAAAGAGGGUGACAACGUGGAGGUCAAUAAGGAGAACCUUCAGGGCUACGUUCAGAAAGUUUUUACAUCUAUAACACAGUCUAGCUCCAGCUGUCCUCCUUUAAUGUGUGACGUCUUCAGGUCACUACGCCAGCUCGCAUCUAAACGCUUUCCAGCCGAUCCUCAUGUGCAGUACUCGGCCGUCAGUAGUUUUAUAUUUCUGAGGUUUUUCGCAGUGGCCGUUCUCUCUCCACACACGUUCCAGCUGCGCUCUCAUCAUCCUGACCCUGAAAUUUCCCGUACACUAACUCUCAUCUCUAAAACCAUCCAGUCUUUGGGCAGCUGGGGCAGCCUUUCCAAGAACAAACUGUCUAGCUUUAAAGAAACUUAUAUGUACGAUUUCUUCAAGUUAUUCCAAGAAGACGAAUGUAUAGAAAAAGUAAAAAAGUUUUUAGAUGAGAUCUCCUCUAAUGUCUGUAAGGAAUCCAGCGGAGUGGAGGACUCAUUUGUGUUGAAGGAGGGAGAGGUACAUAAACGGGCACAGGGCAGAAAACGGAUAGGAAAGAAGAACUUUAAGAAACGCUGGUUACGCCUGACCAAUCAGGAGCUGUCCUAUCAUAAGCAGAAAGGGAAAGAAGCAUUGUGCACCAUUCCUGUAAAAAACAUCCUCGGCGUGGAGAAACUAGAAGAAAGUGCCUUUAACCGCAAAAACAUGUUUCAGGUAAUCCAUUCAGAAAAGCCUCUAUACGUUCAGGCGGGGAACUGUGUGGAGGCCAACAGUUGGAUAGAGGUGUUAAGUCAGGUCAGUCGCUGUAACCCGGGCAGACUCAGUGUGUUUCACCCCUCUGCUUAUGUCAAUGCGUCCUGGUUAUGCUGCAAGGAAGCGAACGAGAACGCCCCCGGCUGCAAACCCUGCACAGCGACAGUGUUGGCUAAUAUUCAACUUGACAUCGACUGUGACCGAGAAACGGAGCGAAUCUUUUUCUUCUUCUCAUCUAACCUCUCCAGACUACAGAAGAUGGAGGAUGCCUGUGCCGGUAUGUCUGUCUAUCUUGGGCAACAGAAGGAGCAGGAGGAGUAUUCGGCCUUCACUAUACAGGACCCUAAAGAGACCUUCCGCACCAUUACAGAGCUCAGAGCCGUCCUAGAGGAACUGCAGGCUCAUCACGACUUAAAGGGAGCGCUAACCGAUGAGCCAGGCACUAUUGAGAAUCCUAUAGUGGGAAAGACAGCGUAACACUUUGGCUAUGGGACCAAGUAAUACAGAUACAGCCACACCAGCAGAUGGCGCUGUGUUUGUCAAUACGGAGGAGCACCGUCCAGGCAGAACCUCUGAGAACAUUUAGACAACAGGUGCCAGAGUCCACACGUGACUGAAUCCAGUGUCACGGCAUACGUGGAAGAAUUUGGCCAGUCGAGAGUCGAAUGAAGUAUCCGUGAGUCGCUGUCGAUGGGAACAUCUGAGCUCUUUCCUGUGUGUUUGUGUGCAGAGAUAUACAUUAUUUAAGAUUGUUCAGUAACCUCAAGGGUCGGUUCGCACAGCAAGAAACGAUUCUCAGCACCUCUUAUUCAUUCCUAACCAGGCUGUGAAAGUCCAGACAUGGCAAAUUUGUCUGAGAAAUUAUAGCUGCUAAACUCCUCUAUGAAAGAACUCCACCUUAGAUUUAUUUUCUUUUUCCAUCAGUUAAAGAUUAACUCCGUCAAAGGGAAUAUUCAUAUUUUUAUUCCUAUUGUCAUUAUCCCUUAAUGUCAUUUUUCCUUUUUUUUUGUGUGUGUGUGUGUGAUUUUCUGUCUGGUUGAUAAAAAUAAUCUGCCUUAUAAAUUCAGUGGAGGUACGUACAGUCCCACACUUGUGUAUGAAUUAGGGAGUAACUCAGAAGCACUUUAGAUAUUUGGAAAGUUCCAGAUGAGGUUGUUUUAGAUACGUGGUAUCAAUCUUUUUUCCCAAUAUUGAUCAGUUACAUGAUCAGCUCUUGUGUAAUGUUCUGUAGAUAGCGUCGUUCAUAUCCGGUAGAGUUUUACUAGCUAUUUUUCUUACGCCAAAGAAGUUGUUUUGUAGGUUUUCAUGACUUGAAAAGGGUAUACAUGUAGUUUUAUAAUUAUAGAAAUGGAAAAUGAAUAUCUAUAUUUCAUUGAUGUACAUUUUGGGGGCAUCAUACAUUUUGAUAAACCAUGAAGAAAAUUUUAAUUCAUUUUUGUAAGCAUAUUUACCCGUAACUACCGUGACAAACAUUUGGAUAUUUUAUUGUAUGCUGUCUUAAGCUCUGUGCCAAAACCUAGUAAGCCAACCAACAUUUUAAGGCUGGUGCAUCUUUCAAGUUAUUUUGCCACCAUCUAGCCUUUAAUCAAAGAGAAUGCAAUUCCAUAAUACCUUGCGACAAAGUUAAAACAAUUCAAUAUGGUAGACAAAUCAAGUAUAAACAUACUCUUGCUUGACAAAACUUUGCUUAAACCCAUUAACUGGCGCCGUCCUGUGAGCGGGACACCUGAAUUUACAUCAAUAUUUUUCAUGUACAUUUUAGUCUAUCAAAACAAACUAUAUAGCAUUGGAAAGGUCUAAGAAUUAAGUUUCAUAUUUAAAAUAUUUUAUAAUACCAACGCAGUUAUAAUAAUGCAGUGACAGUAAUUUAAUAAUUUGUGACGAGUAUGCAGCAAGCAAACCGUUGACAUCUAGUGGCUGUUGUUGGUAAAACCACUAAAACCUUACUUUUUGUGAUCAUUUUAUGUAUAAAAUAAAUACUUUAUUGAAUUAUUUUAAUUUAUGAAAAUAUAAAAAAAAUUAUUUAAUAUUUUCACCUCUAUUUUUUUAAGUGUUUUCUUUAUAUAUAUAUAUAGGUCUUCAAGUCUUGUUAUGGAGUUAUAUAUAUAUAUAUAUAUAUAUAUUACUAAAUUAAUUAAUAUUAAUUUAAAGGUGUACAUAACUCCCCCCUCAAGAAAAGCUGCGCCAGUUAAGGGUUAACAUGAAACGGUUGUUUAUCCGUGCACUACUACGUGAGUAGUUUAAAAGAGUAUUUGUGUGAAGCGUACGCCGCCUAUGUAAACAGCAAGCAGCUCACUAAGGUUUGGAACAGAGCUACAACUGUAAAUUGUUUGGUGUAAAGUCACAAUCACCUGUGUCAUGUUUGUGAUGUCACAGUUUUUCCAUUGGAUUGUCCUGUUAUGUUCGGAUAGAUUACAGGUCUACACUUACAAUCAAUCUAGUUUGAUAUACGUCACAGAUCUCAUAAGAGAAGGGUUUUGACUUACUGUAUUGUCUUUGGAAAUAAUAUGUCACAUUGCUUUUCUGCCUAUAGCGGUCUAUAUCAGUCAUUCUCAAACUGGUUUCUUAUUAUACAAAAACAGGGCACAGAUCUGUUCUAGUAGGGUGGAAGAGAGCACAGAAAUUAAACUAAAUAAAAUCGAUAAAAAUUAAGGGCUGUCAAUCGAUUAAAAUAUUUAAUCUAGAUUAAUCGCAUGAUUGUCAUGAGUUAACUCGUGAUUAAUUGCAAUUUAAUCACACAUUUUUAUUUGUUCUAUAUUUAGAUUAAUUUAACAGUUUUUAAAUACUUUAAUCAACAUGUGCAUGGACAGAUAUGGAUGCUUUAUGCAAAUGUAGGUUUAUUAUUAGUGAAAGAGUCAGCAAAAAUUAUUUUGAAAAAAAAAUCACUGCAUCCAUACCUUAAAAUUACUGGUUAAACUAAUAUCUUUGGCACACACAAAGUCAAAAACAAUAUCAAUAUAUGUUCAACUUUUUUCUUUGUUUUAUUGUUUGAUUGACAUUGAGUUUUAAGAUCUACUGUAAUGCAAGGAUCUAAUAUCAGAUAUUUUCCCCAACAGUUAAUGAAUCAUUUACUUAACACAUAACAGAUUAUAUUCUUGUGAAAACAGAUAUUUUUAAAACUGUAAGACUGUCUAUGUAUGCAUAUAUCGGGGUUGCGCGCCUGUGUGCAUGCUUCAGAUGUGUCCGUCAGCGCAAGGAAUAUCGUUUUCGAGUCUUUUCACUCUUAUUAACUCUUUUACAUCAAGCAAGUCCUGCACUUGUUUUCUAAUUUAUGCAUGUUUUAAAACUGAAAAUAAAAUCUGAGACGCACAAGUGGAUGAGAACACAUCCUUUGUAUUAGUUAAGCAUCCCAGAAAAUGUACAAAUAAAGAUCAUUUAGACGUUUGCUGACCAUUUACUGUCUAAGGCUGCGUCUCAAUUUAUCCAAAAACAUGCUAGGUCAAAUAGAAUUUGUGCAUUAAUCACAAAACUAGUGUCAUUAAAUGAAUUUACAUUAACACGUUAUUGAUGCGUUACUUUUGACAGCCGUAAUAAAAUUGUACAAAAAAAGAAGAUAACAAAUUAAGCUUAUCAAUUUUUAUAAGGGACAUUUUUUAUUGGAUUAAUUGUUGGAUAGAAGGUGCACUCAUAAUUAUUUACAUAAACCAAAAUGGUUCAAAAAGGGACAAACACAAUGCUGACAUUCAUCAACCCAAAAUGCUGGGUUGUUUAAACCAAAUUUACAAAUACGCCAACAUGACCAGGUUGCACGACGUGCCCUCUUCUUCAGAAACCAAUAACAAGACAUCACAAAGUACUCUGAUUAUAUUAAAAGCAGGUUUAAAUGUAUGAAUUAUGAAAUGCAAUGUUGUAUAAUAAAACCAGUUGAGAAGCACUAGUUUAGAUCUGCUAAAAGCUAGCUAGUAUAUGUGUGUAAGCAUGCAUUUGAAGUGUACUUAGCGUCAUCUUUAAUUUGACCUUUUGUAUAAAAAAUCUUAAUUCUUUGAUUUAAAUCAUAAGGGAGUGCAAGACCUGCAAAGUGUUGAUAUUUGAUGAAAAAUCGAUUGAAGUUUUUUAUUUUAUGCUGACCGAAUGUUCUGUUCUGAACAAAUGCUAGUUAAAAAAAGGAUUGUGUAUGUUUUGUAAGAAGAUAUUUUCUUAAUCAAGAUUUAAAAUAUUUAUAAAGCAUUGAUAAAGAGAUGAACAGUUCCGUCAUGAACGAUUUAUGCAAUAUUCACAAUUUUCCAUUCGAUGUCAGAAUUUAUAUUUGUCUAGUUCCUGUUCAUUUGUCUUUUUUAUGUUUUUGUAACACACUGUGACCUGAAUGUUAACAUGAUAUGUCAAUGCAUUGACUGAAAGGUACAUGAAUGUUAAUGUGGUACUGUGAGGCUUCAAUAGAAAUGUGGUAGUGGUCACCCUUCAUUCAUAUCCACUGUCUGUGGUAGAGACUUAUUGUCACUUGAGUUCACUUAACACUGUGGUGGUACCACAGACCUCCUUUAUUCGUUCCUCUCGUCUUGUGUGGUUUCUGUCUACUUAUUCAGUUCCACCAUCAUUCAUCCAAGCAUAAAUCCAUACAAACCAAACAUGCAGAGAGCAUUUUAACCAGCAUCCAGUGGCCUUGACCCCCAAACCAGAUUAUCAUUCCCAAUAUAGCACUUAGCUUAGACUCGUGUCAUUCGACAGAACAAUAAUUCAGGCAAUGUCAUUGUAUUCUUUAACUUUUAACUGGUACGAAUCUACAAUCCCCAUAUCUUAAAUUCAGAUUGUCGUUUGCUUGUGUUUCACAAACCCCAUCCUGUUGAGCUCAAAUGGCGUAUUGGGUCAAAUAUAUGUAAGUCUUAUUGUAGUUAAAUGAUGCAUUUCUUAAGUUAUUAUAAUUUUAGAUCAAUAAUGUAAGUCUGUAAAACUGCUAUAAAUAUUUGCACAAAUUUGACCACUUUUUUUGUCGACCCAAUUCUUCUUUAUCUUCCAGCGUAUUACUAACUGUACUGGAGAUGUUUGCUUCGUUUUGUUAUUUAAAUGUUUUUAUACUUUUAUUUUCACAACACAAGCUCACAUAAUUCCUCUGUUAUUAGUUCUGUGGAAUUAAUUUGCAAUAAAUAUAUUGUUUGUGUGUGUUUUGUCAUGA